AUGUCUUUAAAUGGGCUCGAUACUGCCCCCGUCGUCGAAGCCUACCAGAGUGCCCUGGCUGACGCGGGUGGGUGGUUUCUAUUGCGCUAUACUGCAAGAGAUGAAGUCGCGCUAUUCGAACGCGGCACUGGCGGGGUGCCCGAGAUCCGAAAUGCCAUCGACGCAUAUGAGGAAUGCUCGCCGCUCUACGGCUUCCUACAAUAUCGCCGUAGGAAAGUGAUCAUCCGAUACAUGCCCGAGGGGCUAUCUCGUCUCAUACAAGCACGAAGCAACGUUCAAUUCCAGUCCGUCACCGACAAGUUCACCCCAAACGACACCGUCCUUCCUUUGUCCAAAGCCUCCGACCUCACGGAAAGUGCUUUGUCGUCCGCAUGUCUCCUUCAUACCGCCUCGACCUCAGUUACCUCCUCUUCAAGCUCCCUCCGCCGGCGCCGCCUGAUGGAAAUCACAGAAGAUGCAGAGGAAAAUAAGGAUGAGGCCGUGAAACCGGUUUCAUCUCCUCAAUCAGAAGCCCGGCAAAGAUCAGGGAGCAUCAAAUCAGAACUUACUGUAGUCCCGCCACCCACUGAACAGCCUGCUGAACCUCCCAUCGAAUUACCCACAUCACCUGAAAGUGAAAAAGCGCCGACCGACUUCAAACCCCCUCCGUCGCGAGCGAGCUCCAAGGCCGGAACCUCUAUAGGAAGUCCAAACGAGCCACAAUCGGCAACAAAGUCCCCUAAGUCGGUUGACUCAGGUCUCUCAAGCUCCAGAUACCGAAACAUCUUGGAUGAAUUCCCCCGUCCUUCAGAGGAGGCCCGAAUGUCAACUCAAUCCGCUCGCCCGUCACUUCAAGAAUUGGAGCGGGCCGCUGGGUUCACUCCAAAGGUCAAGCUAGGGCCCCGACCGUCCGUAGAUAGCAACGGAAGGCCCCGCACGUCAGGGAGUACCCGGAAUCCGGACCAGCGACCUGUUGCAUCCCUGCCAACGAAUAUGCGCUCUUCUUCUGUUCGGAAGACAAAUGCUGAUGCCCCCCGACCCCGAUCUCAGGGGAGCACCUUUGCAACUAAACCCACUAGUCGUGUUCCGCCGGUCCCACCCCUCCUGGUUCCACCACCGUCUUUUCCUAUUUCGAGGCCUCAGCUUUCCCCUGGAGCCAAAUCUCUUGGGGCGCUCUCAACUUCUUCCGGUUUGACUCCUGAGAAAGAACGUUUGAUGAAAGCCUUGCAACAACGAAAGAAGAAUAUGGCAAAACGUGCAGAGGAAUCAAAGAAGAAGCAAGUCACUGAGAAAGAGGAGCUUAAACCCCAAAAGGAUGUUGCCAGGGACCAAGACGAGAACAAGGAGAAUAUCAUUAUUCAAUACGAUGAACCCGAACUAGAUCAACAUGAGACUGAGCAGGAGACAAUACUUCAAGAUCAACAUUCACUCCCUUCAACCCCUUCAGGUCUCGUCACAGAGCCUGUACUUGAGUCAGCUACAGAUCGUACCCCUGAACCUGUCCCUGAACCUGUCCCUGAACCCGUCUUUGAUCCAACACCUGAUUCUGCGAUCAUCACCGAUCAAGAGGAGGUUUCUCAACCUCUCGAGACAUCUCAGGCGGAGCCAACUGCCAGCUCGGAUGUGCAAUCAUCCUCUCCCAUCUCAGAGCCUGUUAACGAUAGUGCCUUCUCGACCGAACGUGUUGCUGAACUCGAGGAGACUACCCAGGUGGAAAAACCGCAGACAACCCCUGAAGAUGAAACGCGCACUGGGCAUGAGGAACCCGCAAUUUCUGGUCUCGCCCCACCUACCUUGAAUCAUGAAGUCCCACCUCAAAAUGAAUCCUCGGACGCCCCGCAACCUGAUUCAGAGGACGUUCCCGGAACACAUCUCGAAAUUGAACCCAACACAGAUCUUCCUAUCGAGGGUCCUUUGGAUGAAUUUGUUACAGCAGAAGCCCCCGAAUUGAUUCCCCUUCCCGCCACUCCUGCCACUCCCUCCGUCACCCCUCCAGAAACCACAGACACCGAACCCCAAGUCGCCCCUGUUUCUGUCUCGGUCCACCCAAGCCCGGCAGACGAAUCCGUAACCUAUCACUCACCAGCCGUGAAAGCCGAACCUUUAACCUUGGACCAGAGGCGAAAGGUCCACCUAGAGCCUAUCCAAGUGCUUGCUCCAGAAUAUUCGGACGACGACAAUCUCCUUUCGGACGAUUCUUUCAUGGAGGAGUUGACUUCGGCUACUGUGCAGGAGGCCAGGCCGGUGUCCGUCAAAUCUCCCAACGGCGGCGACCAUGCUUGGAGAAAUUCCCGUGCGGUCUCGAGCCCCUACUCGACGGGUUCCUCGUCGGCCAUGCAAGCGCUUGCAGUGGGUCGGUCGAUUUCUAGCUCCUACUCUGAAACUGGCCCCCCUACGCCCGUCCUCAUGGCCAAGAAAAUCAACGUCUCCUCUGGCAUUUCCAGCCGUAUCAAAGCUCUUGAGAAGUUCUCAAGCCGCGAGGGCACUCCUUUGGGCGCCAGUCCGGCCGCAAGAGCGCCGUCGGCCUCCUCGUCUUUCGAGAAUCUUCGCAAGCGAGCAUCUAUAUCCUUGCCUGGCGGCAAUCAGGAGACUACUCCCCCGGGAACCAUGCAUUCCGCCCAAGGUCGCGAAGACUUCAAUCGGGCCCCGAGCUUGAACCGUCACGAUCGUCGCAUUUCUGUGGAUGCCUUGCGCCGCGCCAAUUCGGUCUCCGUGACGGCUCAUAUUGUCCGUGAUGCAGACGUCUCCCCUGGGUCUUCUGGAAUCGAGCCCUCGGAGUCUGACGUCCUCAACCUCCAGGCCAGUCCACUGACCGUAGAGCAUGAGACACCCGAAAAGCCCCUGUCCCAAGUCUCUAGCAUCGAUGCUGUCAACCGGGCUCAGGACCGAAGCAUGUCAAUGUCAUCCAAUGGAUCCGGCCGCCCGUCUUCGUCUCGCACUGCAAGCCGCCUCUCCUUCUCUUCGCGCUCUCGAACAGACGAAACCACCCUUUCUGCCUCCCCCACAUCAGAGGACAAGAAAGCAUCGCGCGCCUCUCGUCUCAUGCGCCGCGUCUCAUCAAUUACAUCUACAUCUCGCCGCAGCAUAAUCGGCGCGCUCAGCUCCCCCGUCAAGGAGGAAGGGUAUGCUCCUACAUUCGCGAACGGUUCCAGUUCCACAGAGGCACCAGGAUCGACUGGCUCGCGUACUUCGGAGCCAAUUGACAUCGGAGAAGUGAACGUUCAGUUCCCCGAAACGCUUUUGUGGAAGCGCCGAGUCAUGCGCAUCGAUGAAAACGGCUAUGUGGUUCUCACGCCUGGCACCAACGAUGCCACCGCCCGUAACAUGACCAAGCGCUACCAUCUCACCGAGUUCCGCACGCCUUGUCUGCCCGAUGAAGAUAUGCAGGAACUGCCAAAUAGCAUCUUGCUUGAUUUUUUGGACGGCAACACGCUCCAGUGUGCUUGUGAAUCUCGACAGGGACAAGCGUCCGCUUUGCAGACUCUUGUCGAAGCCCACAGCGCCCACCAGCAAUAA